UUGUACUUGUAAGUGAUUUGUUUUGUAAACUAAAUGGAUUGAUACGACUAUUUCACGUGCUAAAAUUAUUCAUCUUUUUGUAUAUGUGUUGUUUUAUUUCCUCCCGUGUUCGUCAAAAGUUUAGCUACUCUUCUUGUCCGUCAUCCGCGAUUGUGUUUCCUUAUAACCGAGGAUUAAUGUUUCAAAACAUACGAAAAUGAUCUCGUAGUCCGGUAUGGUCCUAUGGCUGUCUGCUCCUAUGAAAGGAAAAGAAAUUCUUGGAAGUGUGGAAACUCUUCAGCCAAAUGAAUCUUGAUACUUUUUUGUUGGCUGAAUGUACAUGAUAGUGUUAUCAUUAUCAUGCAAAGCCAGGAGGCUGCUUUUAAGGGGGCGGAGGAUCUACUCCGCGCUGCUGAGAAAGAGGCUCCAAGUAUUGAGAGUUCCUGGCAGGCCCAUCAACAGAAUGGGAAACCAGCUUUCUUUAACAUUUUCGACAAAUUAAGGGAGCUCUAUGUCGAAGAAUCCACCAGAACUCUACAGCAGCCCCUGGAGUUUUUUCAGAAUUUGCGGCCGUGUUCCCAUCUACUGGAGAAGCUGAUCCAACGGGAGAAGCUGAACACCUUGGUGGUGAACCUCUACCCAGGCACUAAGGGUUACUCCCUUCAGAUCAAGAUGCAAGAGGGUGACGAGGAAACGCAAAACGAAACGGUACGGUGGCCGUAUUCCAAUGAUGAGCUCCUUUCGUACAUCGACAACGAGGAGCUGCCUCCAUUCCUCGCUGAUCUUUUGGAUCACGCUCAACCACGCCUCUAUUACAGUGGCUGCAUCAUCGCGGAAGUCCGUGACUACCGUCAGUACCACCCAACUGCGCAGCACUCGCAACUCGUUCUCUGUGAUAUUCACCAUGUUCUGCUCAAGCCUUCCAAUCAGAGUAUCCUCAAUGAUGUAGAUGCUAUAGUAUCAUCUUUUGCGGAUGAGGAGAUCGAAUGGAGCUUGGAGGACAAACUAGCCCUUGAAGGUGCUCUAAUCUUAGCCAAGACUGGACCCCUCUGCCUUGACCCCUCCCCUGCUGUUGGGCUAAUGCGUCAUAACCUUCAUAACAGUAAACAUGUGCUCAACACGCCUAGUUUAAGACAGCGAGCUAAGAAAUACUCUCAAACAGCCAUCAACAGGAAGAGGAAAUUAGACCAGCUCACCAAACGACCAGAGACCGUUGAUAAAUUAGCUGAUUUUAUCGCAUCGCAUAAACGGAAACCGUCUCUUGAUAGGAGUGCCAAGAAACCCAAGAAGGAGACUGAGCCGACCCCGCAGGGUGAAGCUCUUACAUGCGAGCAAGCUGUUGCGGAGAUCAUGCGCUUGGCGAAGCUACACGAGCGACCACUUGAAACGAACGACUGCUCGCCCAUGUUAGUCGAAGAACAUGUUCUAGAAACUGGCCACGAUCCAGUCAAAGUCGGUGGACAGUAUUACAUAAAAAUAUCAAUUUAUCAACGACUCUCUAAUGGAGAGUUUAUCGGCAAGUUAUACUUCAACAAAGAGUCAGAAGGCGGCAGGAGUCAUGGUUCCUUUUGCAAGUUUAGUUUAAGUUCGAGAGCACAAGUUAAUCGGUUAAUCCAGCAAUUCACAGAAGUUACCACGCAAGACGGUAAAGAAUGUUUUAGAAUUAGUCACAUCGUUCCCGGUCAUCCUGCAAGGGUCACCUGCACUGCUGCGAUGCGGGAACGUGAUGCCAAAAUUGCUGCUCAACAACAACAGCAACAGGCAUUAAUUCAGUUGCUGCAACAACAGUCGCAACAGCAACAGAAGCAACAAUUACAGCAAGCGCAGCUGCAACAACAGCAGCAGCAACAACAACAACAACAACAGCAGCAACAACAACAGCAGCAGCUACAGCAGCUGAAGACUAAAAUGCCGUCGGUAUCACAGCGGGAGCAAAUCCAGCAGUUGGUGCAGCAGCUGUCACCGCAGUCGCUGUCCCAGCCACUAGACGCUCAGCAGCAGCAGCAACAGCAGCUCCAGCAGGCGCAGCUAAAACAACUGGUCACACAGCAACUCCAGUUGAAGCAGCAGAACCUCAACCGACAGAUUCAAAAGCAGCUCCAGCAGCAGCAGCAAUUUCAGCAACAGCAGCUGCAACAACAACAGAUCUCGCAACAGGUGCAGCUUCAAGGGCAGGUCGCCCCAAUGCAGCUGCAGGCACAGCCUCAGUCUCAGAUCCAACUCACCGCUCAACCCUCGCAAAUCCAGGUGCAGCAACUCAACUCCCUACAACUCCACUCGCCCUCGUCGUCUCACCACCAGCCAAUCAUCAACAAUCUACCAUCUCCAAGCCAGCUUCCAACUGGCACGCUCCAAUAUGCCACGACUGCGCAGCCUAUCAAGCAUGUGGCGCAAAAGCCAGUGUCGUCGGUCGGCAAGCGCAUCUCCUCCGUUAAUGGAAAUUCUCAGAACCCCAACUCUCCGCUAGCAGCAUCGCCAGGUCAGAUGUUACCAUCACCAACCAGUCAGGUGAUAUCGUCUAGCAACGGAGAUAUUGCGUCGUCUCCAUCAUCCUCCUCCAACUCCUCGCAGCCUGUCAAAUCCCCUGUCAUGUUCACAACAAAUCGGGCAAUCAACGCAUUAGCUCUUAGCUUAAUGAAUUCCGCACAGCAGUUCCAAGAAGAAGCAGCGGCUGCAGCAGCUGCUCAAGCCGCGGCCGCAGCUGCCCAGGCAAACGCAAGUGCCUCUUCAGCCAAUGCUCAAACAAUCAAUGUUCAAAACUUGAUUCAAAACAACGCAGGGCAACAGCAGCAGACCGUUGUCACAUCGGGCACCAACCACAAUAAUCACUCGGCAAUUUUAUCUCUCCUCAAUUCAACACCUGCAUCCACAAGUCCCAGCGUUGCCAAUCCAACCCUGAACAAUCUGCUCAAAAACACAGGGCAUAUCGUUAAAACCUCGCAGUUCAACCCUCAAGUUGUUGCCGGCAAGAUGACUCUUACAAACCUCCUCAAUUCGAGCUCUGCAGUCACACAGGCCAUAUCGAGCAGUUCCAACACCCCAGUUCGCGUGUCUCUGGCAUCACUAGCCAAUCUCAAUCAACCGCUAAACCAGUCAAUGAGUCAACCUUUGCAAAAAACAAGGAUCAUAUCCGCGCAGCAUCUGAAUAACGAUAUUAGUAAUAUUAGUAUUAACAGUUUGAAUUCAAUAGACGGUAUGAGUAAUAACAACACACAAUUUAUCGCGUAUGCAGGAAAUAAUGUGCAAUCUCUUCCAACUAGUAUCCAGACGAUUUCGGGUCUUGGAUCCGGGAGUAUUCAGACGUUAGCAGGAACGUUGACUCCUGCGCCAUCUCUCCAAGCGAUCUCGACUGGAACCAUUCAAGGCAGCAUUCAGGGGAUUUCUGGAGUUCAGUCAGUGGGCAGCGUGCAAACAAACCUUAGUUUACCACCCGGUAGUGUCAAUGUUGGCACUAUCAGGCGGGUCUCUGUGACGUCUGUGAAUAGUCAACAAAGUUCCUCCUCUAAUCCUAGUGCUUCUACAUCAAGUAUUGGGCUGUCCAUGCCUGGGCUGAAGGCUUUGCUGGCUGGCGCACCAGCAGGAGAUAGUCAAAUUAAUGUAAGCAAUACAAAUAACUCUCUGCUAGAAAGACUUUCCACGCCUCCAUCGUAUCCAUCGCUCAGUCCUAAACCUAAACCCACUGCCCCUUCUCCACCUAGUUCUAACAGUAAUUUAAUGAAUCUUAGUAUAGCUUCGCUGCAGGAUGCUAUGAGCACCAUUCCUGGCCUUCAAAAUGUACAGGUAUCAAUAGGUGGAAUAUCUGUACCAAUAACUGUAUCUCUAAAUGUGUCACCUCAUAUCAAUGCCUCUCAGGCAGUCUCAACUCUUCCGUCAGUUGUGAGUGCGGCUAAUCCUGCAGCUAUGAUUUUCACUAAUUCCUCUAAUUCUCAAUUAUUAUCAGGGUCGAGUAAAACUCAAAAUGUUAGGUCUGUUCAAGCAGGGAAUAUUAAUGUGAUACAAAAUAAUGCAGGGUCUUUGCAACUUCUUGGUACUCUUCAAAAAACGAAUUUAACGACUGCAAAUAAACAACACACUAUUCAGCAGCAACGGGUCAUCAACAAUCAGAGAUUCAAAGUAGCAGCUGCUAAUGCAGUAAUCAAUCAACAUCAGUUAUCUACGCAUCAGCAGAUUCAACUGGCUUUGCAACAAAAGCAAGCUGCCCAACACAGUAACCGAAACACGCGCUCUGAAAACUAAUUGUCAACAAUUCUCUCUUUAGGAUCUUGAAAUUUUUAGGAAAUCGCAUCUAGGAUCUAAUUUAAUUUUAGUAGUUAUUUUAAUCAAUUCCUAUUCUUCUUUCGCUCCUUUUAAUUAGUACCAAUUUUAGUCCACUGCCGCUCGUGCGGUUCAAUGAAUCAUCUGCGAUCAACCAAUCGCAAGCAAUAGAAUGAACCUUGUUUUAUUUUUUUAAUAAUCGUCUUUUAAUUUUUAAUUUUAAAGGAAUGAGUAUUUUCUUGUGCUUACGGUCUUCUGUGACUUCUCUCUUGGAUCAGUUUUGUUUAUUCUUAAACUAAAGAAUACUUAUGAAUCAUCUGUUCCUUUGUGGAAUUUUACUUGUAAUGUGUAGUCUACAAAGAGGCUCGCGGUAAAAACGCUUCAGUUCAUCAGGAUUGUAAAGUCUCAAAACUGCACCAAAUAUCUAUUCUUGCCCUAACUUAUUUUUGCGUAAGAGUACGAGACUCAUGUCGAAAAUCCGUAAUCUAAUAUCUAUAAAUGAAGAUUUUAAAAAACAUUCGAUAUUUCAUUAAGAGAGGAUUUUUAUUUCAAGUCAUUCAGUCUACUCGGAGUCUAAAAAUCUUCAAUCAGUUUAGAAUCGUUUGUAUUCGUCUUUUCUCAACUUUAACCUUUUGCGAAAUUUUUUCGUGUCUAAAAUUUUGGGGCAAUGACUUUUGGCAUUUAAUUCUAUCCACUUACAGUAUUUCUGGCAAUAUGGAAAACCUGGAAAGUCUGGGAAAGUCAGCAAAUAUAGCGACCUGGGAAAGUCAGGGAAUUCACAGAAAAAGUUAGGGAAUUUCGUGAAUAGCUCAUUGGCUCAGCAACUACUGCCAGUGCCAUUCGAGAGGGUGCAAGCAACUUCCGAGUGCCUUUAUACAUAAUAUUAGUAUCUGGAAGUAGAGAUUUCAUCUAUAAUUCAGCGAAAGUCAGCAUGAUUAAAAGGGAGAGAACCCAAGUGGCAGUUCAAUAUCAGGGAAAGUCAGGAGAUUUGGCAAUUUUGGAGCCAGGAAAAAGCAAAAAAGUCAAAGAAUGUCAGAGAAUCGGAAAAUGAAGAAACUAGGGAAACCCUACAAAUUUGAAUUUUCAAGAAAAUUUCGAGGGGGGCAGGGGGGGAAAGACUAUUUUAAAUAAACCACUUUUCAGACCAAUCUAACUUUGAUGACUGCUUCAUUCUUGAAAGUUCUCAAUGGAUAUGAACGUCAUGUUGCUGAAGAAUGUUUUACAGUGAGCCCCUAAGUAGGUAUGCGUAGCUACAUAAACCUGCCAUUUUGAAAGUCAUAGCUUUUCAAGUGAGAUCUUAGAAAAAUAUGUAUUCGCGAAGAUUUAACGACUGCGGAAUAUAGUAAUAAUUUUAUCGAUGGAGUCUCCCGAGCUCUGUAGCAUGGUUUUGUGUGACGGAUUGAAAGGAGACAAUUUCUGUUUUGGUACAGUCAAAUGCCAUCAUUUUCUUUCAUUUAUUCCAUUUAAAUCGAAUGUGGAGGAAAAUUUGGCAAUACUCUGUUCUCGUUGAUUAUCUGUAAAUGUGUCAAUGAGAAAAUAAUUGAUGGCUAAGGUUAAGGACCAAUACUGUUUGUUUGCAAACUGAUGAUUUUGCAGGACGAUCGCCAAUUUUGUAGUUUCAAGGUUAGAUGUGCAAUCUUUUUAUACACUAUAGCAUCAUCACAGCGUUUCCAUCCAGUAUGCAGAAUUGAAAAAAAACCAAAAACAUCAGCUUGUGUAUUUUAUGUAAUAAAAUACGGCAAAGUUGCUAACUAACUUCAGCCCAAAAUCGGCAGUCAGGCAGUAUUGUUUCUAUUUCACUCUCCUAAAUAAUUGUUAUGAAGUGACCUCUUGAAUGGAUGCCAUCGUUAGGUAUAGUCUUUUUAAUUCAUCAUUGACUUCUUUAGCACUCUGUGUGCCAAGAGAAAUUCACAACAAUGAAAUAAAAAUCCAAAGACUAAAAUUUGAAAUUAGAGGUCUGUAAUGCAAGUUGAACAAAUGCAUGUUCAGACCUACUACAUACCUCUGUGCAACUUAAGGGCAUUCAGACGUCGAGCCAGGUGUUAUAAUGAGCAGUGUAAUAAUAGUACACAAUCUGAGCUGUGUACCGAAACUCAACAGACAAAAAUUUCCUCCAUUACUUUUACAGACAAGACAAGACAGAUCACAUGGGUUGUUCUGUUAGACGUAACACUCUUCACUUCGCUAGACGCAAUGUCCAAAUCCCCUUUUACAUUUAAUGCAUAGCAUUCUCUAAGAAAGAACCAAAACAUACAGGGUAAUCCGAAAAUCCCUCACCACCCCUGUAGCCCCUAGGGUUCUUACCCUUUCUCAUGGUGGCUCCUUCAAAAUUUCAGACGUUCCCUUAAAUCAUUUCCUUUGACUUAGGGGCGCCCCCAAAAUUUCAAGUCUACAUCUCAAUUUGUUCAAAUGUGACAUGGCUGAUGCUUGGUGUUGGUGGCAUGGAAGUUCUGGAUUACCCUGUAUAAAGUCAGAUAAGCAAUUCGAGUCACACCUGGGUGCUACAGAGAUUGGGACUUCUCUCAAUGCUCUUGCUAUCUUGUGCCCAUCUGCGGCACUUAAUUUAUAUUUUUUUAUUUAUUUAUUUAUUUUAUUUUAUUUUAAAUGAUUCUUCAUUAUUUUCUUUUGAAUAGAAGAUAAAUUACUGUGAUUUCAAAAUAUUUUUGCUAGUGCUUAGUUCCUACACUAAAAUGCUCACUCGGCUUUAUUCCACUACAAAUACGUUUGCAUUUAUAAUACUUGCUCUAGAUGAAAUCUAGAAGAGAAAGAAAAUAGUCUUUCCGGAGAAAAGCCUGCUAAAAGUUCACACGGUGAAGGAUUUUUAGGCCUUCAUUUCUUCAAGAUCUAUUCCAGUAGAUAACCACUCAUUUAGCUACUGGAGAUAGUUUUUGUAGUUUUUCCUUAUUUGGGCAACUGAGGGAAGCCCUUGGGGUCAUUUUGAAGGAAUUAGCCAGUUACACUGUUGUCUUCAGCAUGAAAGAACGUAUCCCGAUUAGGCUGUUUUAGUUUUUUUCUUGGGACAUUUUAUUUUUUCAAAUGAGAUCCGUUGCAUGAAUUUGCCUAAAAUUUCUUGUGAUUUUUCUUUUUAAGACAGUUUUUUGCGAAGAUUCUUUGAGAAAAAAAGGGAAGAAAAUUUCCAUCGAAGUACUGGAACAGUACAGACAAAAUACGCUCCUUGUUGUAGAAGAUGACAGCAUGUGUGAAACAAUUGUAGUUUGAUGGUGAAUUUCUCUAGAUGAGAAAAAAUAAUACGACUUGUUUUAACAUCAAAUAUUGAUGGAAAAAUCGCCCUUUCAAAAACUGGGUGGAUAACAUUAUGUUACUACACGCCUGCAGUUUUUCUCUUCAGCCAAUGAACAAUUCAUGUCUAGCAACAA